GUCAAUUCAAAACGUCAAACAAAAACAAAACUUAAAAAUUUGAAAACAGUUUGCUUUGAAGCUUGAAGUUUUUGGAAAAAGUAUGAUAAUUUGUUGGGAAUUUUAGAAUAUUUUGGAUUUAAAGGGUAUGGAUAUCCCAGAUACCAGAUUAUUGCAAGUAGAUGAUAUAAAUUUAAACCAAUCACGAAAUGAAGAGGAACAAGAGGAUUUAGAAGAUCAGAAACGUAGAAAAGAAGAGUUACAUGCACUAUUAGGGGACAAAUUAAACGACUAUGAUGAAAGUACAGAUGAUUCUAUAGUUUCUGGAAUGUCUUGCAAUGAUGCAGAAAGUAAUAAGUAUCUCCAAGCUAAUAAUCAACAUGAACAACUGCAAAAUCUGUAUGAAGUUAGACUGCGAGAAUUACAAGCUCUUAGAGAAGAGCACAAAGGAAAGACUGAAGGGUUCACGAAAGAGAUCAAGACAUAUAAAAGACAAUUGCUAUUAACGAAAGCAGAAUUAGAACAAAUAAAGGUGUCAUAUAAAAAUAGUGAAGAUUUAUUAGUUGAGAAGACAAGUAACCUUAAGGAUUUAGAAGCUAUGUUAGAAAGUAAAGAACAACAGAUUCAAAAUUAUGAGAAAAAUAUCCAGAAUAUGCAACUGGAAAUAGCAACCUAUAAAACUACAAUAAACGACUUAUAUUUACAAAUGCAAGAUGAAAGAAAUCCUUUUAACAAAUAUAAUAAACAGUUUAUUUCUGAGGAAUAUAAAAAUGCCACUAAAGAACAAAUUAAUAGACUGGAAGAACUUCUCGAGGAAAAAAAUAAAAGUGUUAAAACAUUGGAGAAAGCAAACCUAAUUAUUGAAGAAGAACUAAAUAAAUUGAGAAUAAGGGACAUCGAUAGUAGGAAUACGAUAGAGGUCCUUCAAAGAAAUUUCGACAGUGCGCAAACGCAAUGUGUUCAGCUAAUUGCUGAAUUAGAAGCCUUAACAAACGAAAUGAGACAUUUAGAGGGAAGAGUACAGAAUAUGUAUGAAAGUUCCCCUAGAAGCGAGCGUCUAUCAUAUGGCAAAAACAGUGUAGAGCAACAAAUAGAAAAACUAAGGAAAAUGUUGCUAGAUAAAAAAGUCCAUAUCGACACUUUAAACGUUAAACUUAGGAAUCAUGAUAAAGAUGUUAAAGAGUUACUGGAAUAUAGGCAAUUAAAAGCGGACGUAUUCAAAAAGGAUUUCCAGCAAUGUGAUAAUGAAGACCAUACCAAGAGCUUGAUUAUAUUACAAUACGAAAUACAGAACUAUAGAACAAUAUUAGAAGACAAGGAUCAACAAAUUCGUAACCUACAUUCCAUCAAUAAAGAUAAUCUAGCCAAAAUGGAAGGGAAGAUUUUUCAAAAUAAGAACGAUAUAAACAAUCUCUCAAAUAAAUACAGCAUACCACAACUGGACAAAAUGACUGAAGAUCUUAAGACUAGUUAUGACCAAAUUGCAUAUCUAGAAGAGCAACUCAAAAUGAAAACUACCGAAAUAGAAAAGUUAUUAAAUCACCAAGAAUGUAACAAAGAACGAGAAUUGAAAACGGAACUAGAUCAAUUAAAGCUAUUAAACGAGAAAGAAAGAAACAACUUGGAGAACGAAAUUAAAAAGCUAACGCAAGAAAUUGAAGUAUCUUCAGCUGAGUUGCAAAAUUUAAAAACGUUUAACGAAAAACUCAUAGACGAAAAUGUUAAACUGAAAUCUCGUUGCAAGGAAGAGGACAAUUCGUUGAAGGACCAAUACCUAGAAUCGAUUAAGGCUCUUCACGAAGCACAAAGUAAAAUUACUUCAUUACAAGAAAAAAUAGAAGAAUUAACCAAUCUUAAGACAAUAGCAGAAGGUGAAAGCUGUACAUAUCAGUCUAAAUUAAAAGAAUACGAACAAAAAUUGGAGGAUGCUACGAAAGAUAUAGAAGAGCUUGAAAUGGACUUAGAAAAUACGUUGAAACAACUGAAAGAAAAAGAAGAAACGAUAAAGCACCUAAAAGAAGUGGCUAAAACUUUUAGACAAGAGCUAAAGAAUAAAAUGGAUAAAAGUCUUGAAAGAACUAUAAAUGAACUAAGAAACAAGGAAGAUAUUAUACACAAUUUACAACAAACUGUCUCGAGCCUCAGAAAAGAAUUGGAUAAUAUUAAAACCACUAAAGAAAUUGAAAUUACCAAUGCAGAAUGUAAAAAAUGUAAAAAUUACCAAGACAUAAUUGAUAGGGAUGUAUCUGUUAAAGAUAAGAAAAAACAAUUUGAUGGCAUACAGAAUAUUGGAGAAGAAAAUUUACAAAAGAUUAAAGAAGCAAAUAUGAUAGCAAUAGAAGUCAAACUACGCGAAGAAAUACAAGAGGAAUAUUUUACGAAAUUGAAAGAAGUAGAAAAUAAGUAUAAACAAGUGUAUGCUUCUAGUAAAGAUUUACGCAAAGAAAAAGUCGACCAACUGAAAGUUCAAGAAAUGAAGUUCAGGGAGGAUCUAGCAACGAUUUUAGGAGAAUGUACCAAAAAAAUCAAAGAAUAUGAACAAAACAAGCAGGAAAUAGUUAAACAAUAUCAAGAUUUGCAGAAUCAGUUUGAGCAGUAUAAAAUAUUGUGUGUAAAUAAAGAACGUAAUUUUGAGAGGACUAUCGAAAAAUUCCAACUAAAUAGUAAGCAAGAAGCUGAAAAAUGGAGGAAGUGGUCACAGCGAUUGAUUAACAGUUGUAUAACAGUUGAAAAAACUAAUAAAAAGACAAGAGAUCAUGUGUUGUUUAAAAUGGCAACGUAUGAUGCCGAGGUGGCUGUUAUUGAAAAAUCUUAUGAGAAAGUUAAGGAGUUGUUAAGCAAGGGUAAAAAAUAGUUGACAUUACAUAUAUAGAAAAUAAUAUACUAAAUAAGAUUUCACAAUUUGUAGGAUUAAAUAUUUGACAAUUUGAUAUAAGCGAACAAAAUGUACAAACUCAUGAUAUUUAUUUUAUAUAAAUCAAAACUAAGAUAAUAUAAUAUUAAAAAGCACA